AUGCUGCUUUCGGUGUUUUUGACGAUGUUUCUGCCGUGCGUGGCGAUAAGCGCGGUGUUCGUAGUGUACGUAUGUUUGUUAUGGUACGCUACGAACGACCAGGCCGUCAACAUUGGCCUGCCUGUCAGGCAGGUUUCCGAGAAUGGGUUGUCGGCGUCAGAACUCGACAAUUUGCCUAAAAUAACGGGGAAAGAGGUGAUGGCGGAGAGGAGGGAAUGUGCGGUGUGUUUGGACGAUAUCGAGGGAGAGCAACCGGCGCGGGUGGUUCCCGGCUGUAACCACGCCUUCCAUCUGCUGUGCGCCGAUACCUGGCUUUCGAAGCACUCGUUUUGCCCCGUUUGUCGAGCAAAACUUCACCCGGUUAGGCUCGGGUUGAGGGAGGGGGAAGAUGGGAAGAUGGGUGCGCGGAGGAGGUGGAGAUGGGUGCAGAGGAGGAGGGGUUGGUGA